CAUGCUCCAACUUGAGGGGGGGUAUUGGGAGAUAUUUUGCAUAUAUAUUAUUUAAGGAUAGUUUUUAUUAUGGUUGGAAUAUUUUCUACAUUUAAUGUUUGUUAUUUCUAGCCAUGUAAUACGGAUGACCGACUCAAUUAGAUUGGCAUCCACUCUUGUAUUUAAACAAGGCCGAUUGGCUCUCAAAAACCAUGAAGCAAUAUUACUCUUAAACUCUUCUUCCUAAUUUUCCUAACCUGCGUAUUACACGAAGUUAAUAGGAAGUCGUAAUGGAGUGCAAUGGAAUCAAUUGGCAGGAGGAGAAAUUAAAAAGCAGAGCUGUUGGGAGCUUAUUCCGGAGGAAUUAGAAGUAGUUUGGACCAGUUCCGGAAAUUGGUUGCAGUGUGGAACUGGAAAUGGGCAACUAGUUUCUGAGACGGAAGCACACUUUUCAUCACAGAAAGUAUCAGAUACAAAGGGAGUGUUUGCUAAAACUAAAAAAAAUGUUUUUCAGUUUUUGGCUUUAAAAAGAUCAAAUGAGGUUUUCAAAUGAUAGCUUCUACUGAAAUGAAGCAUUUAAAAGCUACAAGCUCGAAGCAGGUUAACUGCUUUUCAAAAGGUACAUCGAUAUGACUUAACACUAGAGCACAUCGUCUAGGGUGAGGAUUUCCACCGUCAUCUUGUUUGAGCAGAUCGUCUUCUUCAGCACCUUUCGGGCUUCUCUCUAAGGUUACUAGCAGCCAGAGCUUUUCUUCUGCUAUCGACAAUUGUCGAGGAGCAGUUUUGGAUUAUGUGUGUCUUUGAGGCAUCGUUUCAGACUAUUUCCUUGUUUUCUUCGUGUCUUUCUUACAUCGAUCCAAGAUUGUUCUAAAUAUGAGGGAGCCAAGGGAGGGAGAAAUGGAGGCGUCCAGAGGGGCUGAAAUUGCAGGGCAUACGGAGGUUGCUCGUCAAGGUAUCAGUCGAGCGACGGGCGGGAGCCGUGCCUUGUUCGUGUCAACAAUCAUUGAGAUGGUCCGGCCUCCUCUUGAACCACCGCCAGGGUCUGAACAAGGUGCUAGGGUUCAAGAUAUUUAUUUUUCUUAUUUAGCUGUUUUCAUGUUUCGCCCUCCUCCUAUUAGUUUUUAUUAUUUUGUCAUUUGGUUUCUUGUUAUCAUUUAUGUUGUUAGGUUUGUCAGUUUGAGAAUUUAACCUUUUUUUAAUGUCAUUGGGUAUGUUUGGAUCUAUGGGAACAGAGAUGACUGUGUCAAGCCUGCUGUGUCAAGCAAUUCAUGUUGCUCUUUCAGGGGGGUGUCUCUAAGUCUGAUCAUAGGGUUUACAGUCGUAGUUGUUGGAGUUUAGUUGGUGUCGGAUUUGCUUUUCUUUUGAUUGAUGUAAUGAUCCCGAAACUUAUGAUAUGAAUAGCGGCA